AUAGGAAAAAAAAUCAAGAAUUGAUAAGAAAUACAUAUACUACUCAUUGAAUUAAAUCAAGACAUUUAAAAACACAAAAAUUAUAGUAUAUGACUUUUGGAAUACAAGAAAAAAAUAAUAAAAGCUAGAACAAGUUAAACAGUAAAAGAAUAAGGGAGAAUAGAUAAAAGCUGAUCAACACCAAAGUGAGAAAACAACUUUGGCCGCUGCAAAGGCAAUCUACCGACGAAUCCGCAUCGAGAUCAAGACGGAGUAUUCUUUCGAGUGAAAUUUUCCAGUAUCUACCACAUCUGGUGCUCUCCAGAACCUCAGCCAGGUUAGCCCAACUAUCCAAUGUGGCACUCCAACCACAGCAGUAACCUCCCAGUAAACAGCUUCAACUCAUGAGUCUGAGUUUGACUCAAUCUGCCAACCUUAGCAAUGCCAGGCCAAACAGGAAGGAGCCAUCCCCAUUUAUUGAAACUGGAAUGAUGUGGAUGCAACCAAGUGAUAUGUGGACUCUGGUGGCAGGCCUUGGAGGAGUGAUGAUGUUGCUGGCAGGCCUUUACCUUAAAAUGUUACCAAUACUAAUGCGAAAGAGGGUGGCAGUAACAUUGUGGUUCACAUCACAAAAAGUAUGGGUUGUGACAUCUCCACUUACUUGGGAGCGUGUUUUCCCUCAACUACACAGGGAGGCAAUAAAGGAUGGUGCAAUUGGACUAGAUUGUGAAUGGGUACAAGUGAAGGGUUCAAGGAGACCAGUGGCACUGUUGCAGUUGGCCACCUCCUCUGGUUUGUGUGUACUGGUUCGACUCUCCCAUCUCAAGGGCAUCACUCUGCUCAAUCUUGAGGAGUUCUUGAGAGAUGAUACUGUGCUAAAGGUUGGUGUUGGCACCAUUGAAGACAGCGACUAUUUGUACCAGGACUAUAAAUUACAAGUGCAAGGAUGCAUAGACCUGCGGCACCUGGUGCUACUAAAAGAGGAAAACGAAGGAGGCCAUCACCUAGGCCUCAGUGCUCUUGCCAAAACCUUUCUGGGCAUCACCUUGGACAAGGACUGGAGAGUUAGAGCCAGUGACUGGGAGGCAGAUACACUAUCCAAAAGACAGGAAAAAUAUGCAGCUGAUGAUGCCUUAGUUGGGAUACAGUUGUUGAUGGUUUUGGUUGGGGAGUUGUUGGGGAGGAGUGAAGGAGCUUCCUCAUCCUUACUGCCUCUCCUUUUACCUGCUUUUUGGCAGUCCCAUCUUGCUAAGGCUAUCCAUCAAAUCUGCCACAACUAUAAAGACCUCAAGUUCUCCACCAAGAAUCAGGAUACAGCUUUGAAGAGUGGUGUUGCUGUAAAAGCAGCUGCUUCUCCCCGCAAACAGAAGGACAUUCAGCCAACCACUAGGAAGGGGCCACUAUACUAUAACUGCCAGCUGCUUGCUCCUGAUAACCAGCCUCUUUGUACACUGGAUCCAAAAAAAGCACAGUGGUAUGUUGUAAAAGGUCUAGGUCACCUUGUUAGUGAGGAUCCUUUGAUAGUACGUCUGAACUUUGAGCCAACUGGGAGACCUCAAGCUGAACGUGAGGAUGGAGAAUUUUACCUGCAGGAACGUCUCAAUGUAUGUGUUGUGUGUGGCCAAAAGGAUUCUUACAUUAGAAAGAAUGUUGUUCCCCAUGAGUACAGGAAACACUUCCCUUCCCUUCUCAAGCACCACCAGAAUCAUGAUGUUCUGCUCCUUUGUUUCCCAUGUCAUCGUAAGAGUAACAUGCUAGAUGCACAGUUACGAAUGCAACUUGGCAAGGAAUUCCAGGCACCUGUGGGUAAUGAUCCUAAUGCUAAAGAUAUUAUAGACAAUUCUCGUAAACAACUGAGAAAUGCAGCAAGAGCUCUAUUGAGGCAUCGUGGAAGUCUUCCUGAGGUUCGUGUACAGGAAUACCAAUACACUUUGCAGCAAUUUUUUUGUUGUGAGUCACUAACGGAGGAGCAAUUAAAAGAGGCAGCUAACAUGGAGGUGAAGGUGCACAGAGGUCAACAGGAACAUGGACAAGCAGUGGUUGAAGGUUACAAGAUGAUAGGGCUGUCUAAAUUGGAGCAGCGAUGGAGACAACAUUUCAUUAAUAUGAUGGAACCCCAUUUUCUUCCUGAAUGUUGGUCUGUCACUCACAAUAUGUAUAAAAUGAAGCUCAAGAUGGCCCGCCUACCUUUGGACCACAAGGAUCGUCUUUUGUAUAAGAUGGCUCUAGUAGGAACAGAAGGAACCAUUGAGGUGCCAUACAACCCAAGAGUAGGGAGGGACGAGUCUCCAUCAUAUGAUGCUUUUCCAGUGACAGAAAAAGGAAACAGGAUAUUGAUAACCCCAGGAAAAUUAGUGACCGAAAAGCAUUCCAAAAAGUAGUGCAAAAAUUCCAUUUACUUGUGGUAAAACAGAUUCUAUUGAUUUUGAUAUUUGUAACAUAAGUCAACAUAAUUUAAUGCAAAGCGAUGAUAUUGAUGUAACCAUGGAGGCAAGGAAUGAAGUGGAAAAGGAUAUAGUGUAUGAAUGGAAAUGAGGUUGAAAGCUAAAGAAAUGGGAAUUGAAUUGAAAAUUAUAAGCACCAGACAGCUUAGGCCAUGUAGUGCUGUGGAUUAUGGAGAUUAAGAUUUUUUGGAGUUAAUGGUUUGUGGACAUCAUCAGUGUAAUGUUAUCAAGGGUAUUGGUAUGGUAAAGGUUAUUACAGUAGCUGUUCAUAUUGAGUGGAGGUGAUUAGUUUGUUUUAAGAAAUAGAUGAUGUUAUCUGGAUGAAAGUGUUGUGAUUCUUUUAGGACAUCUUUGAGAUUAGGUAGGCGAGUAAGGAAGGUUAAAUGUGGAAAAGCUGUAGCACGUGCUGUGAUGUACUUUGGGCAAGUGAGGAGGAUAUGUGAAACUGAGAUGAGCAUAAGGUUGGUGGAGAUCUCAUCAUAAGAUAAGGAUGUAUGAGUCAUGUGUGACCAAUACAUAAUUGUGCAAUUACAGUUUUCCAAUGUCUAUUUUGCUAUUUAGGGUGCAACAAUGGGGAAAUAUUUGGUUUAAUUGUUAGAAGUCAUAGACUAUAUGAGGGAUAGAAAAUUAGCAGAGUCAGGGAAGAUAGUAAAAGAUGAAAAUGGAUAAAAAUUAUUGUGUUUUAGAGUGAGAGUAUAGCAUUAGUCCAGCUGUGAGGACACUAGUUUUGGAUGGUAAAUGGAACUGAAGCUGUUGGGAGGGAAAGAAAGCACAGCCAGAGCCUUGGUGGGAUUUGGAUCUAUUUGUAUAAAUGGGUGUGCAGGAGUCAUGUGUUGAAAUGUGUUCAAGGAAGUCUGAUCAUAGUAGGGUAGAAAAGGUGUUCCUUUUCUUUCUUUUUUUUUUCGUAGGAGAGAAAGUCAGCCAAGGGCAACACAAAAAAAAAAAAAAAAAAAAAAAAAGAUGUGUUAUCCAAAAUUAGGGAGCAAAUGUCUUGACACCUCUCUCUUAAAAGAAGUUAAGUUAUAGGAAGUCUGAAAUACAAAAGCAGGCAGGGAGUUCCAGAGUUUGUCAGUGAAAGGUAUGAAUGAUUAAGAGUAUAAGCAACUCUCGAUUUAUGCAUGUUUGAUUUACGCGUUUUUGUUAUAACGCGACC